AUGUCUCCAAAGCACAGGAUUCUAGCAAACUACAUUGAUGUAUACAUAGAGUUAACGACAAAAAAACUAACCAGUACCAAAAAAGUAUUUUAUAUGAUGUUAAACGCCGGAGUGACGCCGAAAGGUAGACGAAUCGUAGAGGAAGAAGCUUGGAAUAAAGUUUCCUCUAUCAACGAUUCAAAUCACUUUUUAACAUUUGAUAUUCAUAUAAAGGGCCCAACUAUUUUAACACAAAUCUUGAAAACCGCAAUGCUAUUGUAUAAAACCAUGUUCUUCGAAAUCAUUACUGAUGAUUGUUUGGACUAUAUUAAAGCCAUAAGAAUAAUAUUGCCUGAGAUGAUUCCUAAAGAAGUCCAUUUACUGUAUAGUGGUGCUGGACGUAUAGAGUUUAUUACUCACCAAUAUGGUAGUCAAAACCGUACAUUAAAAGUACUGACUACUUUGAUACAAAUCAUUGACAUGUUCAACAAAAUGAAUUAA